UUGGAUUUAUCAAUCUUUUCUCAUAAAUUCUUUUGUUCUUAGAACCCUGUCAUCAUUCAUUCUUCUCACUGCUAACUGCUUCGGAUGGAGGUGAUGGUUAACCGUGAUUUGCUAACAUGUGCCUCCCAUUCACGCCCUCAUCUCCUUUCCGCCUUCUUCACGCGCCCCCGCCGCCCUGGCUGUGCCACUCAGAACCCAACCGGAUCAAAAGUGCACAUGGAUGAAACCAAAUGCAAGGAGGUAGAUGCCCAACCCUGUGAAGGUGAGGAUUGGGUUGACGCAUGCAUUGAUGGGAAUGAUGGCAAGGACGGAGGAGAAGAUCCAAAAAACAGCCCUGAUGAGAAUGAUAAAAACGCUCCUGGAGGGACAAGAGGAGAGAGUGAUAGUACGGGUCAUGGCAAUAGCAAAGAACAUGGAGAGGAUGAAGAAGAGGGUGAUGAUGGAACCAACGAAGGUCACACUCAUAACAACAAUGAUGACAAAGAUGACGAUGUAGAUAGCGAUGAAUACUUUAACAAUCACAAUGAUAGUGAAGAUGAGGAGGAAGAAGAUGUUGAUGGUAGAGGUGAAGAUGAGGAUGAAGCUGCGUACCAAAAUAAUCAAGAUGGUCAAGGCCCUGAAACAACAGACAAAGAGGGUGAUGAAGAUGACGAAGCUCCCCAGCCUCCAAAGAAGAGGAAAGUGUGAAGCACGACCCCCCUGACUGACUUCAAUUUACUUUCUAAUCAUAACGUGCAAGACAAUUAUGAAUUUCUAAUAGAUGUCCAAGUUUCUAUAUUUCAUUUCAUUUAAAAGGCUUUGAUUGGUUAGCCAAUUGAGCAAACAAUCACAUGUCAGCAUAAUUCAUUGCACAACCUUUAAGAACUCCACUGC